AUGCGUGACCUGGCGCGCGACAAGAUACCCGAACAUACACUCCGCAUGUUAUGGAUCGGCCACCUACCCUCUGCUACACGAGCAGUGCUUGCGGUUAGCGAGGAAUCAAGACUCGACGCACUGGCAGCGAUGGCCGACAAGAUGGCCGAGCAGACAAAAGAAGUACACUCUGUAUGUUCGUGUGGCCAUGGCAGCGGUAUUACGAAUAAGCCAGCAACAUCAGCACCAGACGAGAGAAUCCUCUGCAUGAUCGAAUCACUAACUAGAGAGAUCGCCGCGCUAAAAACGGAUAGAUCGAGGAACAACUACCGUCAUCUGCGCAAAAAUCAUCAACGACGGCCGCGCUCACGUUCAAACUCAGUAAAUCGUACGCCGUCGGUAUGCUAUUUCCAUCGAAAGUUCGGAAAUGAAGCCUACAGAUGUCGAAGUCCGUGUACUUUCGAGAAGAAAACGAAUCAGACACGGGAAAACUAG